AUGGAGGCGUCGAACUCAGAACGCGCGCACUCAACAGAUGGCGGUCGGGAUGAGCACGAAUCGAAGACUGGUACUCCCGCGAACAAACGCGUCAACUGGGAACACCCCUAUCUCGGACCAGACGGUGUCACGUACAUGCCCUCGAUCAAUGACCCGUCCAACCCUAGAGCCACGAUGAUCGUCAGCCACAGCGCGGCCCAUCCUUCGUACGGUCCAGAUCCACUGCUGCUUAAGCCAGAAGACAUCGGAUUCCUUAAGCAAGCCGUCACGUCUUUGUACGCCGACCAAAUUAGGCCUUAUCAGAGUGAGGUGGUGAGACGCCUAAAGCUGCUGGAACCGAGUACCUUGGUCACGAAGAAUGCCUUACACUUCUUCCGCAUUCUGACAGACAUCUUCAUUGUCGAAAAGACGAAUCAUUCGCGCAUGGUUGUGUACCUCAAGGAAAAACCAGCAUGGUUCGAGGGAUGGAUAGAUCCGAAGAGUGAAGAGAACCCCUACCCGCAGCCUGUCUGGAGAGAGCUUGAGCAGUAUCUGACCGUUCUCUCCCUCAUUGCAACAAUUCUGCGUGAGCUAAACGACCCUAAAAUUGUGUUUCCUCCGUAUUCAAGCCAGGAAAACGCCAACGUGGAUGGCAAUCACUACGAGAAUCUUCCGCCUUCGCCUUUGGCCGCGGUGCCCUUCACGGCCAAUCUGUUCCGGAAGCUCCGGAAACUGUUGAGACAGGCGUGGCAACAGGAUCAAGCGCAGUGUUCAGUGCUCACAUCUGACGGUGGUGCGAAACUGUCCGAAAAUCCCCUCGAACAGAAGACGCGACCCCUCCCGUUGGCCAUAGGCAGCCGCAGCGCUUAUCUUGAGAAAGCCUGCCAGCAAGCUCGCCUCGCCAGGCCUCCACUCUCUGCCGAGUCUGAUAUUCAAGCUAUUUCGCCAACGCGUACGCCCGACGGCACCCCCACCCAUUCCCCUGCGGAGGGCUUCUCCAAUUCGCCACCGUCUUCCCCCUCGUCCCAGAAGCAGCAGGAUGUAGAGUUGGCGCCCCCAGUCACCGCGAUAUUCUCUUCAUCGCCGAACUUCUUCCUCACCUUAGCAGUCGCUGCCGAGGAAACUGUCCGCUUUGUCACUGCAGAGGAGUCCGUAUCGUGCUUGCCAGAUUCCGGAACUGUUCUCCCGACUGGCAGUAAAAGUGACUCUACACUUCGUGCGGUGGGGAGUAAUGAGGCCGGCCCAGCCGCGAUCCUACCAGCAGGCGAAUCUAAGCCGAGCUCCACCGUCGACGGGGACCCAUCUCAGUCCUUGGAAGCUCCUGUCAAGCCCAAGCUAAAUAUUGUAACCGAUCGCCAGGUCAAACAGGAGCAAGCCAUUAGUGUCCUCAUCCAUAGUGUCUUGCUGGAGGCGUACAGUUCCUGGACUCAGCAACGAGAAGACGCGAACCAAAGCAGUAGAAGCUGUUGUCCUCGUCCUGCGGGGGACGAAUGCGAAGCAGCCGAUGCAGACAGACAGGAACCAGCCGCAACUCACGUUGCAGGGCCGCCGAAAAAGGGAGACGUCGAGCCUGAAACGGGUGCGGCCCCAAAAAGCGUGUGGCAUAAGCCAAAACCAGAUGGCGCAGCAUUGUCAAUGGCAGAAAAAGUUGCCCCAGUGGUUUCGACUGUUCCUGCUGGCACGGGGAAACCUGAAACCUGGAGAAUCGAAGUUACGCACACGGUAGAUGCUACUCAGCAAGACAAGUCACACGAGCACUUUGAUGGCCGUCUCCCAAGGCCAUUUGAAUCUCUCAGAGUCCACCAAGUUGAACGUUGCGGUCAAAGCAACAACCUCGGCGAGCGUGCGUGCUGCGAACAGCUUGAACGGACUCCAACUUCUCAGAGUUCCUCCUGUUCUUUGUCAGUUUCCCCAAGGAGUACCACCUCCAUCGCGGGGUUGCGAAGCGUUGCUACACCAGCGCCCAGCUGCCCAGACCUUGUCACCGCAACGGCUGCUGCUCUCCCACUGGCGCGCGCUGUCGCCCUUCGAGUUCGUGCAGCUCUUGCUAAAGGCAUCGCACCAGACCACUUUGGGGGGGGUCGCUACGGAUGUGCCCUCUCCCUCAAACGGCAUGGACCCGUCAGCGUCAGAUCAUUCACUCUUGGCUGCCUCUGCCACCUUGUUCAGCUUUCCGUUAGCCGCUGCUUCCUUCACUACGUUGGCGGGCUGCUUCAGCCCUGCAGUUCGGGUUUCUCACCGGCUUUCGUGCAUCCCGAUGCACAAGGCGAUUCACUGGCGCACCACGCCACAGUGGCGGCCAUUGCUGCUGCAGCCCUUGCCUACCUCGAGCUGCUGCUACAAGGAGAAGUCCCACAGGGUAUCGAGGGACUAGAGGGCGGAGAGGAGAGCGACCUGGCAGGUUCGAGCCUGCCGGCGUAUCUGCGUCUCGUAGAGGAUGUGCACGGGAAUCAGUCGCCGCUCAAUCAAGGACCGGCGUGGGCCAAUCCCGAUCCGGCUGAAUCCCAGAGCCGCUCGGGGAGACCCAAAGGCCUUACCAAAAUAAAGACAAUGGCUGAGCUCAGGAAUCUGAUCACCAACGUCCUUGCUUGCAACCAGCAAGCUGUUUUACUUUCUCAACUACGUGGCAAACUGGUUGACAUUCCGGUGCAGAAGGCAGGCUAUGUCAUUACAGCACGCCGUCUGGACUUCUGUGUUGCCCCGAACCUCGCAGUCAUGGCGAUCGACAACUCGUUGUUCAUGAUGCAGUGUAUCAACCAGAUCCUUCGACGUGUGCCCCCGGGCAGCGCCCGACGAAAAUAA